UGGGCGGGCUCCGGGCCGGAAUUGGGGGUGAAGCUCCAGCGUUGUGCCCACAUUCGGGGCGCGCGGAGCUGAGGGGUCCCCGGGGGGCGCCCGGAGCUAAGAUGGCGUCCGCAGCCGAGGGGGACGUGGGAGUGGUGGCGGAGCUGGCGACGGUGCUGCGGUGGGGUUUCCAGAACCUGAGCCUUAACAAGUUGGCGACGUCCCUGGGCGCGUCAGAACAGGCGCUGCGGCUCAUCAUCUCCAUCUUCCUAGGUUACCCCUUGGCUUUGUUUUAUCGGCAUUACCUUUUCUACAAGGACAGCUACCUCAUCCAUCUCUUCCACACCUUUACAGGCCUCUCAAUUGCUUAUUAUAACUUUGGAAACCAGCUCUACCACUCCCUGCUAUGCAUCGUGCUUCAGUUCCUCAUCCUCCGGCUGAUGGGCCGCACCAUCACUGCCGUCCUCACUACCUUUUGCUUCCAGAUGGCCUAUCUUCUUGCCGGAUACUAUUACACAGCCACUGGCAACUACGAUAUCAAGUGGACGAUGCCACAUUGUGUCCUGACCUUGAAGCUGAUCGGUCUCGCCAUCGACUACUAUGACGGAGGGAAAGAUCAAAAAUCCCUGUCCUCUGAGCAACAGAAAUACGCCAUACGCCAUGUCCCUUCCCUGCUGGAGGUUGCUGGCUUCUCCUACUUCUAUGGGGCCUUCUUGGUGGGCCCCCAGUUCUCAGUGAACCACUACAUGAAGCUGGUGCAGGGACAGCUGACUGACCUACCAGGCAAGAUACCAAACAGCACCGUACCUGCUCUCAGGCGCCUGAGUCUGGGCCUUAUCUACCUAGUGGGCUACACCCUGCUCAGCCAGUACAUCACAGAAGACUAUCUCCUCACUGACGACUACGAAAACCACAGCUUCUGGUUCCGCUGCCUGUACAUGCUGGUCUGGGGCAAGGUUGUGCUGUACAAAUACGUCGCCUGUUGGCUGGUCACGGAAGGCGUGUGCAUCCUGACGGGGCUGGGCUUCCACGGCCUUGACGAGCUCGGGAGGGCCAAGUGGGACACCUGCGCCAACAUGAAGGUGUGGCUCUUUGAGACAGACCCCCGCUUCACGGGCACCAUCGCCUCUUUCAACAUCAACACCAACGCCUGGGUGGCCCGUUACUUCUUCAAACGACUCAAGUUCCUUGGAAAUAAACAACUAUCCCAGGGCCUCUCAUUGCUAUUCUUGUCCCUCUGGCACGGCCUCCACUCAGGGUACCUGGUCUGCUUUCAGAUGGAAUUCCUCAUUGUUAUUGUGGAAAGACAGGCUGCCAGCCUGAUUCAAGACAGCCCAGCCCUGAGCAGCCUGGCCUCCAUCAGGGUCCUGCAGCCCCUCUACUAUCUGGUGCAGCAGACCAUCCACUGGCUCUUCAUGGGUUACUCGAUGACUGCCUUCUGCCUCUUCACGUGGGACAAAUGGCUGAAGGUGUAUAAAUCCGUCUAUUUCCUUGGCCAUGUCUUCUUCCUGAGUCUACUAUUCAUAUUGCCUUAUGUUCGCAAAGCAAUGGUGCCGAGGAAAGAGAAGUUAAAGAAAAUGGAAUAAUCUAUUUCCCUGGUGGCCCAGAGCAGGACUGGUGCAGAAACGACUCGCCUCCCUUCCCACAGCACUCCUUCGUCCCAGAGCACAGAGAACCAGAAGCCAGGGUGCGGGAAGACGGGGCUCCCCCAGCUGUGCCUCUGCUGCCGGCCACGUCUCCAUCUGGGGCCAAAGGGGAGACUCUCGUGGGAGGAGUAGAGGGGUCCAUUGUCUCCCCUCUGGGCUCCCCCAUGCACGUUGCCUUAUCUCUCCCCCUCUAGCCAGGAAUCUGUUGUGGUUUUCUUCCGCCAAUUUACUAUGAUUGUAUAUGUGCCGCUACCUCCGCCCCCCCCCCCCAUGGGGGGAGGGGAGGGGCACGGCCCCGCCUGCUCCACUUUUCUACCUAGGACUGUACCAGAUAAAGUCACCUCAGUGUGUUGUUUUUCA